AUGAUUGUUUCAUCUGAUCGUUUUCUCAAGACUGAUACUAAAUUAAAAAAACCGAUCCAACAAAAAUCAAUCUAUUCUUAUGUAAAAAAGCGAAAUUUACAACCAUUACUAGAUCAAUCAAUCCAGCACAAUUCAUCUACUGAUAAACUUUUAUUAAAUAUGAACUCACAAAAGCUAAAGACACAGUUUCAUUCAACUAUUUCCAAUGAUCGUAUGCCUAUUGCAUCACGUCUAAUCACUUCUCCACUUCUAAAAACUCUAGCAAAUGAUGAACAUUCUAUUUUCUCUAUUUCAACUAUGAACUUUUCUAUUGAUUUAGAACAAAUAUCUAUCAAAGACAAAUUUCAGUAUGAUUCUCAAAGAGAUUCACAAAUUCAGGAAUUUCCUUAUCGAAAAGAUCGAAUAACUCGUUCAAUCACAUCAUCAGUUUCAACAUCAAAAAAUUCACAUGAUGAACCCUCGUUAGCUUUUGAUACAUUAAUAAUUGGUAAAUUAUACAUUCUCAAUGACAUAUAUCCAUCGAUUGAAACUGAACAUAUGAACGGAAUUCCAUUAGCUUUUCUUGGUGCAGAAAAAUUAUUACGUACUCGUAUCGAUUGGAGUAAAGUUCAAUAUCCAUUAUCAUCCAAUCAUAUUGAAAUAAUCAUUGAUCUUCUUAUUGUACGACCUUCAUUUAUCAGAGAAAUACCUAAAGUAACUACAUUUAAUCUUUAUCGACCAUUGAUUAAAACAGUGUCAGGUCAUUUAUUUUUUGAUCAUGGAGAAAAUAAAGCUGGAAUACAUCAAUGUGGUCGAAAACCAAUCAAUCGUAAAUUUGUCAUUCGUGAUUUAGCUUCUAUUCAUCAACGUGAAUUUCAUAUAAUUAAUUACAAUGCAAAAUAUGAACAACGUUUUAUUAAUUUAUAUGAAAAUCUUUUUCAAAUUUAUAAUUAUCAAACGAAAUAUCAACACAGUGAAAAACAUAUCUGA